AUGUUCUACGAUGAUUACUCUAGACGUUUAGGGUUUGUGAUGCGUGUAAUGUCUUGUCGGAGAUCAGAGAAAGAUGGAAGAAUACUUGCUCGGAGAUUUGGUUGUAAUAAAGAAGGUCAUUGUCUUAGUAUACGUGGUAAGUUUGGAUCAGUUAGGAAACCAAGAACGAGCACAAGAGAAGGUUGCAAAGCAAUGAUUCAUGUUAAGUAUGAUCGGUCUAGCAAAUGGGUCAUAACUAAAUUCGUUAAAGAACAUAACCAUCCGCUUGUUGUUUCGCCUCGCGAGGCUCGUCAAACUCUGGACGAAAAGGAUAAGAGAAUUCAAGAAUUGACUGUAGAGCUACGAAACAAGAAACGGUUAUGUGCAGCGUACAAGGAACAGCUAGAUUCGUUUGCAAAGAUUGUCGAAGAACAUAGUAAUCGAAUAGCGAAGAAAGUUGAGAAUGUGGUAAACAAUUUGAAAGAAUUCGAACCUAUAGAACUCGAGCUAUUGCAAAGUAAACAAGGUCCACUCUUCUAA